CAUACUCUUCACACUUUCAACUCCAACUAUUCUAAACUCUGUUCUUCAUGUGUGUGAAAAUGGUGGUCAGUGGUCAUGUGGCUUACUUUCUACUUGUGUCUAUAAUUUUAACGUCCGUCAACGCUCGUAUACCCGGAGUUUACACCGGAGGCCAAUGGGAAACUGCUCACGCCACCUUCUACGGUGGCAGUGAUGCCUCCGGCACCAUGGGUGGAGCGUGUGGGUACGGAAACUUGUACAGCCAAGGGUACGGGGUCAACACAGCGGCGUUAAGCACUGCUUUGUUCAACAAUGGGCUGAGUUGUGGGGCUUGUUUUGAGAUAAAGUGUGUGAAUGACCCACAAUGGUGCCAUCCCGGGAGCCCAUCGAUUUUCAUCACGGCCACUAAUUUCUGUCCGCCUAAUUUCGCUCAGCCAAGUGAUAAUGGUGGGUGGUGCAACCCUCCUCGAACCCAUUUCGAUCUCGCCAUGCCUAUGUUUCUCAAAAUUGCGGAAUAUCGUGCUGGUAUAGUUCCCGUUUCUUACCGCCGGGUGCCAUGCCGAAAACAAGGAGGUGUAAGAUUCACCAUCAAUGGAUUCCGUUACUUCAACUUGGUUCUCAUCACCAACGUUGCCGGAGCAGGGGACAUAACUCGAGCAUGGGUGAAAGGUUCAAGGACCGGAUGGAUGAGCCUUAGCCGAAACUGGGGUCAAAACUGGCAGUCAAAUGCAGUGCUUGUUGGUCAAUCACUUUCGUUUAGGGUCACGGGUAGUGAUCGACGCACUUCCACUUCUUGGAACAUUGUUCCUGCUAAUUGGAAGUUUGGACAAACCUUUGUUGGCAAAAAUUUCCGAGUUUAACCACUUGGUUAUUAAAUCGGUCAAGUAAACAUUUACUAAAAUUACACAAGCUUUAUAAUAAAGAAUUUGUGUACUAUACGAGCAAGUUUAGAAAGAGUGUGAUUGGGAGGUGUGAAGUGGCUAUAAACUACAAAGUCAUGCCUCGAGUCAUGACGGCCCGCAACUUUCUUUUUUUUUUUAAAUAUUUUUAUGUUAUCAUCAUUAUGAAAAAUGGGAAUACAUUUAUGGUAUUGAUAUAUAUUUUUAGAAUUUUAGAAA